GAUAUUUCCCGGGACUCAGCCAACAAAAACUGCAGAAAGGCGAUGGAAAACUUCCAACGAAAGUUGACACAAAGUGAAAAUGAUCUCAAGAAAGGAGGAGGAGUUGCAAUGGCAGCUGGGCUAAAAAAAAAUUUACUUCUCGCAAUGAAGAAAGUAGCUGAACAGAAAUGUAAAGGUAAGCUUUUAAGAAAACGUUGCGGAUCUUAUAGGGUAGGGGCCCGGGCAGGAGGGGGGGGGGGAAAUCCCACCUUAUUUUUAGACAAACUGAAGCCUACAGAAAUGAGAAAAAAUAUUUUUGAGGCCGGGCCUCCUUUCUUCUGAGGGUCUCAAUGAACGGGUUGCCCUCUCACUUUAAGAUCUGAAUCCAGCCCUGAGACAGAAAUGUUUUACAGUAACCCGGUGGAAAAAUCAUUAGACUUGAAAUCUCCCCAAAUGUUAGUACGAGUCAGAUUUUGCCUUGCAACACUGGUUCAACUAUGUGCCUUAAUCGAUUCGCUUAUCGCUCUUCUUGCGAGAAAUAUGACGCUUGUUAGUUAAUCAUCUGUACUUAACUUUCCUAAAGGAAUCACUAGUUUGUAGUUUAUAUAGAAUUAAGAGAGGCGUCGUUUCUUUAAAGGAUACACGAUUUAGUGUGUUAAUGUCCUUUUAAAGAACAAGGCCUCGGAGUUUUUUUUAAAAGAGUUUUUAUUGAUUUAGAUCAGAGAGACGGAGUUGAGUAAUUAAUGAACUAUUUAAAGAGUCUUAUAAGUUCUAUUUAAUAUGCUUCGAGGUGCGGAUUUGUCGCCUAGCAAAACAGUGAUGUAAUUACCAGUAGUACUUAUUACUAUCCCCUACGUAUAGGUAUAAAUGAAUGCUCUACCAAGACGCAUGACUGUGAUAAAAAUGCUGUCUGCAAGGAUACUGACGUGGCCUUCUCUUGCACCUGUAAACCAGGAUAUAAAGGAGACGGAGUGAAGUGUAUAGGUUAGACUACAGUACUUUACUCUAUUCACGUAUUGCCAGUGAGGUAACUUAAGUCUUGAAGGGUUCAGUCGGUUUUGUUUUAACUGAUCAGAAUUUUGUUUCUUCUGAAUAGAAGGCUAGAUUAAAGGAAGGGAUUAAGCUUUACGGAAAGUAAGCUAGCUAGAAGUUUCAUCGGUUUGUUAAUAAAGAAAUUAAGAUUCACGUUCGCGGAAAACGGCAAACGUCAGAUUCAAGUUGAGAAUUUCUCAGAAUAGAAAAUUAAUAAGCAGAUAAAAACUGCCCAGAACAAUUCUUAUGGAUAACACUGGCGUGAAACGACUUAUUUCUAUGUAGAAGUAAUAAACAGUAAACGACAAUUAAGGAGAAAACUUGGUCACGUGAUAAAAAUUCACGUUUUCCGUUUGAAGUAAACGUGAAUGUUAAUCUCUCUAAUAUUUCGUUCGUCCCUCACAGCUGAUGAAAGCAUUUUGAAGGGAUAUCCAUACAAGCCAGCUGAAUAUCGUAAGUUAAAGAUAUAUGACUACCUUAGGAAGUGCAAUUUACUUAUACUAUUACAUUAAAUAUAAAUGACUCAUGAUAUCAUAAAUUUUUGAAAGGACAAAAACUUGCACGGAACCGCCAUUUGAAAACGGUAAACGUUUGAAAAGCGUGCAAGAUUUAAGCUGAAAAGUGUGCAAGUUUUUGACCUGAUCAGAAGUAAGUCGGACUUGUUUACCCCCCUCCUCCCGUGCAAGUUUUUGCAUAGUUUGCUCGGUAAAAGCCUGGAGAAAAAAUUUGUACGCGGGCUCGUGUCAGGACGGGUUACCUACCCUAAGAUCACGUUUGGGAAUUGUUUGGCUCGAGAGGGAGCUAGAAUGAAAGUUUAACCUUUGCCGUUAGAAUUUGGCGGGGAGAUUUUGACCUAAAAUUUUUGGCUUCGUUCGGUGGGCUGUCCACCUCGCGAGUGUUUGGUCUUUCCACUCUUUACUUGUGGAAACUCGGGAUAAAGGAAAUCUCAUAACCACACAAGAUGUAAGAACACACUAAGUAAAUGAGGUUAAGCCUUUUUUACUGAAAAUUUCUGCGAGUAUUUAUCUUCUUUAAUCUAUUGCCUGAUUCCCGAUACAAAUCUCUUAUAUUCACGGCCAUUUUGAGGAUUACACGAUUAUGGUACCACACGUAUUAAUGAUUAAACACAUACUGGGCUGACUGUGAGAGGUUUACCACUUCUGUAUUUAUUGACAGCCGAGCCUGCAAAAUGCGAGUCCGACGAGGAUUGUCUCAAAGGAAGAGCUAGAUGCAUUCGAAAGGAAUGUCAUUGUACGGGACACUUUGUGGGAGAUGGAAAAACAAAAUGUGAUCGUAAGUCAGUCAUGCCUUCCAAUUUUUACUUGUUAAUUCAAAAGAAAUAUAAGUACUAGGGUAUCUAAAAGAUAGUAAUGCUGCGGCACAUUCUGUUGAUACUGGCAUUAGUUAGGUAGUGGGACUUGAAAGAAUCGAAAAUGACAUUGAAUGUCCUAUUUACAUGUUGGAAAGUACUAGAAUAAUUACUAUCAGUCUAUAGAAAGAACUCGUGGGAACGUUGUUUAGAAAAUGAUCAAGUGGUUAUCAACUCUGGUUUUCCCACAGUAAAUUGUAGGAAAUGAUAGAAAUUCAGAUUGUUUAUCCAUAUAUUUAAUAUAUGGUGUACUAUCGUUUCUCUGGAAACACGAUACUUUUCUUGCUUUUAUUGCACUUUAUUAAGUAACAGUUAUUUACCUAUAUAUUUAUGGAAAACAACAACACAAAAACGGAGAAAAAGAAAGAAAGAAGAAAAAAAAAAAGUUCGGCAGGAUAUGAAACCAGCACCUUCGGCUCGACGCGACUACACCUAACCACUACACCACAGAGACUGAUUAAGUGAUCUUGGGAAAAGUCUUUAAUUUAAUGCUUUUUGCAUGAAACUUCCGCCGGCAAGAUGAUCGCCAGCCGCAUUAAUCGAGCUAUUAACAGUAAAAACAAUGUAAACGCAUAUUCCAUGGCAAUGAAUGAAUGAAAGAAUAUAAUUAUGCUUUUCAAAACGCCGAUACACGUCCUCGUCUGCAACGUGGGACACAAAACAUGUUUUGUUAUCUCGAUUUCCGCUGUUAUUUUGAAGCGAAUGGUCAAAAUCACAUCCAUUUUCGGCUCAUACAGGUUCUUAAGAAUAGCAUGGCAUGACAUUUUCUCACUUUCACAUCUAGCAAGCAGGAAUUUGUAUAUCCCCCGUGUUGCGGAGUCUAAGAGCAAAUACUCAUCUUCUCGUCAGGUUUAACACCUGGACGAGUCAAAGGCUCUUGAAUUGAAAUCCAAUCCCCAAGUUAACCAUCGUACUCAUCUGAAAGACUCCUGCGUGUAUUAAAAUUUGGUAAGACCUCUAACCGUGCUGUAGAAAAUUUGUCACAAAGAAAACUCUAAGUGUGAGCAGCGAACGAUGCUCUCUCUCACCGAACUUCCCCGUGUUUUUAUUUGAGUUGUUCGUGCCGCAAUGCACUCUGGUUAAAUCCAAUGCAUUGUGGUAAAAAGUGUGGUUAAAUGCAAUGCAUUGUGGUAAAAAGUGAUGAAUUCGAGAAUUCGUCUCCCCUUAUUUAUUUCCUUUAAAUCCUGAUUAUGUUGCUGCUCGCUCCCUUCGGUCGCUCCGCAGCAAUAAUUAAACUAGGGUAUCUAAAAGAUAGUAAUGCUGCGGCACAUUCUGUUGAUACUGGCAUUAGUUAGGCAGUGAGACUUAAAAGAAUCAAAAAUGACAUUGAAUGUCCUAUUUACAUGUUGGAAAGUACUAGAAUAAUUACUAUCAGUCUAUAGAAAGAACUCGUGGGAACGUUGUUUAGAAAAUGAUCAAGUGGUUAUCAACUCUGGUUUUCCCACAGUAAAUUGUAGGAAAUAAUAGAAAUUCAGAUUGUUUAUCCAUAUAUUUAAUAUACGGUGCACGAUAUUUUCUCUGGAAACACAAUACUUUUCUUGCUGUUUGUUGCACUUUAUUAAGUAACAGUUAUUUAGCUAUAUAUUUAUAGAAAACAACAACACAAAAAACGGAAAAAAAAAGAAAGUAGGAGUAAAUAAGUCGGUAGGACUCGAACCCGUCACCAUAGACUCGGCGCGACUACACCUAACCACUACACCACAGAGGCUGAUUACGUAAUCUGGUGGGAAAGUCUUUCAUUUUAUUCCUUUUCCAUGAAACUGCCGCCGGCAAGAUGAUCGCCAGCCGCAUUAACCGAGCUAUUAACAGUAAAAAAAAACAAUGUAAACGCAUAUUCCAAGGCAAUGAAUGAAUGAAAGAACAUAAUUAUGCCUUUCAAAACGCCGAUACACGUCCUCGUCUGCAAAGUAGGACACAAAACAUAUGUUUUGUUAUCUCGAUUUUCGCUGUUAUUUUGAAGCGAAUGGUCCAAAUCACAUCCAUUUUCGGCUCAUACAAUUUCUUAAGAAUAGCAUUGCAUGACAUUUUCUCACUUUCACAUCACCUUCUAGCAAGCUGGAAUUUGUAUAUCCCCCGUGUUGCGGAGUCGAAGAGCAAAUGCUCAUCUUCUCGUCAGGUUUAACACCUGGACGAGUCAAAGGCUCUUGAAUUGAAAUCCAAUCCCCAAGUUAACCAUCGUACUCAUCUGAAAGACUCCUGCGUGUCUUAAAAUUUGGUAAGACCUCUAACCGUGCUGUAGAAAAUUUGUCACAAAGAAAACUCUAAGUGUGAGCAGCGAACGAUGCUCUCUCUCACCGAACUUCCCCGUGUUUUUAUUUGAGUUGUUCGUGCCGCAAUGCACUCUGGUUAAAUCCAAUGCAUUGUGGUAAAAAGUGUGGUUAAAUGCAAUGCAUUGUGGUAAAAAGUGAUGAAUACGAGAAUUCGUCUCCCCUUAUAUAUUUCCUUUAAAUCCUGAUUAUGUUGCUGCUCGCUCCCUUCGGUCGCUCCGCAGCAAUUACCAUAUGAAAAUGAUGUCGCAUUUACGCCACUUUUAUUCUUAAGAGUACGGUCGCGCAUUGCUAUUAGGCUGAUUUAGCAACAGCACAGGGACGUCAUUUGACGACGGAAAAGCGCACGGAAAGGACUACAUGUAAACUCGACUUCCGGUGCCCAAUUUGCCGUUCAGCCAUCGGUCAAGCCAGUUGUUUGAUUUGCGCGCGCCGUCGUCAACUAACGUUCCCGUUAUGUUGCUAAACCAGCCUUUUGUAGGAGCCACAACGGAUUCUCUACUUUUUCUAUUUCAUGGUUCCGAUUUUUGAGGUGAUGGCAUGACAAUGAGAAAGAACAACACUAGAGGCAACCUCGUUUCCAGGUCCUCUCCUUCUCCGUCACCGGGGACCGAGUAGGAGAGGAUCUGGGAACGAGGUUGUUUUCUGGGUUGCUAUGGUAUGACAGGUCUGUCCUUGUUUUUCUUUUCCAACAGACUGGAGGAAGUGCCCACACCACAACAUGUAUGACAAAAGGGAGCCAUGUGGGAUACACAUAAAAGGAAAAAUGGCACAUUCAUUCUGUUUGGAAGGAAAGUUGAAUCUCCAUGGUCACUCACGUACAUCUCAUGUUUGCAAGUGUCAUGACGGGUAUAUUGGCAGAGCGAAUCAUCCUGAAUGUGUGAGUUCGAAAGGUAAGAGGCUUUCCUUAAGGAGCUGUAAUCUCUUUUGAAGUAAAAAGCUCAUUAAGGUGGCUCGAUGGGGUUUUUCAUCUGCCUGGCUACCAAUUUUUGAACUUGAAGAAAUACUGGAACUUCUAUUUACUACUAGUUAUUUACUAGUUAAGUUAAUUUCGAGGAAGUCGUCUCCACGUGUAUUCUUUCAAGGUUGAAAAUUCGUAGACAGGCAAUUGAAAUGCCCCAUCGAGGCACAUCAAAACCGCAUUAUAUUAAUUAAGCGGGAAAUUAGUCAAGAUUUUCUCGUUAAAUAUAGCAUUUUUGUCUCUACGCCGAAAACUAAAUAGCUCCGGUGUACGUACUAAUCAUUUCGAAGUUGUGAACAUACAAACCCAAAUUAUGUGCAGUGGCUAUCAGACCUGUUAUUUCUCAAUUUUCUAAGGAUAGUAAAAUGAAAUAAAUGCAGUAAUAAUCUUCCGAUGCAGCAAGUCCCUUUUAGUUUCAAAUAGCUAAAAUUCUUUCCUUUUUUAGGAAUGUAUAUAUGUUGAGAUUAUGAUAGCUAAUGCAAUCAGUGUUGACUUUUUCUUUCCACAGCCGAUAAAACUGGUCGCCGGGCAUGCGUACUGGAACAUAACUGUCAUGAGUUGGCUAGGUGCAAACAUAACAAAUGUUACUGUCUUGAUGGCUACGAUGGAAACGGUGACGUUUGCGUGGGUAAGAUAAAUUUAACCUGUGUUGAAGAUUUUUUCUUCUCUUAUUACUCAAUCAUCCACUUGAUUUAUUGGAAAACAAUAGCGGCGGUGAUAGGUCAUUUGCAC